AUCAGCUAACUUUAUAGUCUCAUUUAAUUUAUGUCCAUGCACCCUUUUCCAGCUGCUUCGUGCACAGAAUAAUUUAAACCUUUAUUAAAGUUUCAGAUCAUGUUGUGUGAUGAGUGAUCCUAGAAGAUGCCAUUAUGAGCAUCAAAUAUCUUUGUCAGUUUAUCUUUCUGCCUGCUUCAAAUUAGGCAUUCUUUUAGCAUAGAGCUUUGCAUACACCAGUAUCUAUAGGGAAUAGAGACAUACCAGAAAUUUUGCCUUGUUCCUUAUGAGAAAGCCUUGGGACAGUCCAGAUCCCUUUCAUUUGGAAACUGUUAUGUAUUAUGUCUCUAUAAAAUCUGGACCUCAUGUAAUCAUCAAGAAUUACCAAGAUGUUUCCUUUCAAUUUGAGAAGUAUAUUAUCCAACCAAUUCGAUAUCCAUUUGCCAUUUAUAUUGAAUGAUUUGUUUUCCUAUGUGUUGUUGCUGGGGUUUACAUUAUUCCUUUUAUAUGAAGGUUCCGCAUUCUGCUCGAGCUAGUAUGGUGGUCACUGGUAGUCCUUCACGCUUUGCUGCAGGCCUCCACCAAUCAAUCAGGAUCAUCAAGGAAAUCUUCCAACUGUAUCCCUUGUCUGGAACAAAUUACAUUGCAUCCUCUCCCUCCCCUGCUCCAUCUGGUGGCACUUCAGCUUUCAAAGAUGCUCAUCAGCAAAGCCAUAGAAUAAGAACCUGGAAGUCAUCCAUAUCCCUUCAUAUGAUACCAGGCACACUAAUACAUAGCAAGUAGCGACAUUACUUGCCCACAGGAAAAGUCAUGUCACGGUGUUGGAUCAAAGAGGACAAAUUGUGUAGUUUUUACUUUUAACCUUCAUUUCUACCAUAGCUUGUCCAAGUGUACAUGCAUUGGUAGUCCACCUCUGGUCUGGGUUAAAAUACCAAUUUGAUCCUUUAACUUUUAAAUAUGUAUUAAAAUUAUCUCUUAAUU